AUGUUUCAGGACUCAGUCUCCUUUGAGGAUGUGGCUGUGAACUUCACCCUGGAGGAGUGGGCUUUGUUGGAUCUUUCACAGAAAAAACUCUACAGAGAUGUUAUGUGGGAAACUUUCCAAAAUCUGGAGUCAAUAGGAAAAAAACAGAAAGACCAAAAUAUUGAAGAUCAGUAUAAAAACUGGGAGAGAAAUCUUAGAAGUCAUAUGGUAGAGAAAGCAUAUGAAAGUAAAGAAGGUAGUCAAUGUGGAGAAAGUAUCAAUCAGAUUCCAAAUCUCAGUCUGAACAAGAAAACUCACAUGGGAGUAAAGCCAUAUGAAUGCAGUGUGUGUGGAAAAGUCUUCAUUUGUCAUUCAUCCUAUAGUAGGCACAUUAGAUCUCACACAAGACAGAAACCACAUAAGUUUCAGGAAUAUGGAGACAAACCAUAUAAAUGUAAGGAAUGUGGGAAAGGCUUCACUUAUCUGCAGUCUUUUAAAAAACAUAAAAGAACUCACAGUGAAGAGAUAUCCUAUAAGUGUAAGGACUGUGGGAAAACGUUCAGUUGCCGAUAUUCUUUCCAAGUACAUGGAAGGACUCACAAUGGAGAGAAACCCUAUGAAUGCAAGAAAUGUGGAAAAGUGUUCAAACAUCCCCAGUCUGCUCAAGUACAUGAAAAGUCUCAUAAUGGAGAGAAACCCUACAAAUGUAAGGAGUGUGGAAAAGCCUUCAGUUACCGCCAUACCGUUCGAAAACAUGAAAGGAAUCACACUUCACAAAAAUACUACGAAUGUAAACAAUGUGGGAAAACAUACGUGUCUUCUCUGGGUUACCGAGCACAUGAAAGAACUCACACUGGGGAAAAACCCUAUGAAUGUAAAAAAUGUGGGAAAGCAUUCAUGUAUCACUAUUCUGCUCAAAGACAUGAAAGGACUCACACUGGAGAGAAACCCUACAAAUGUAAGGAAUGUGGGAAGGCCUUCAAUUAUCAUUAUACUGCUCGAAAACAUGAAAGGAAUCACACUGUGCAGAGACGCUAUGAAUGUGAACAGUGUGGAAAAACAUACAUGUCUCCUCUUGGUUUCCGAGCACAUUUGAGUACCCACACUGGAGAGAAACUCUAUGAAUGCAAAAAAUGUGGGAAAGUAUUCAGAUACAGCCAGUCUAUUAAAACACAUGAAAGAACUCAUACUGGAGAUAAACCCUACAAAUGUAAGGAAUGUGGGGAAGCCUUUAGUUGUCGCUAUUCUGUUCAAAGACAUGAAAGGACUCACACUGCAGAGAAAGAGUAUGAAUGUAAAACAUGUGGGAAAACCUAUAUUUCUCCUCUGGGCUUUCAAACACAUGAAAGAACUCACACUGGAGAGAAACCUUAUAAAUGUAAGGAAUGUGGGAAGGGCUUCAUGUAUCUUACAAGUGUUCGAAUACACAUGAUAUCGCACACUGGAGAUGGGCCUUAUAAAUGUAAAGAAUGUGGGAAAGCAUUCAGUUGCUGCAGUUCCUUUCAAAAACAUGAAAGAAGUCAUACUGGAGAGAAGCCCUAUAAAUGUAAACAAUGUGGCAAAGCCUUCAGUCAUUCUAAUUAUGUCCAAAUACAUGAAAGAAUUCAUACUGGAGAGAAACCCUAUGAAUGUAGGGAAUGUAGCAAAUCCUUCAGCUUUCUUACAGCCUUUCAAGUACACAUGAGAAUACAUACUCGCAAUGAAACUUAUAAAUGUAAGGAAUGUGGCAAAGCCUUCAGUUGGCGUACAUCCUUACGAAAACAUGUAAGGAGAGUACACACAGAGUAG